AUGGAGGACGUCCUGGCCUUGUUGUUGCGGGCCUGCGAGUUGGCAGAUGUUCAACAGGUGGAGCAGAAUGGCUGGUACCCAUUGUUUCGCGCUGCUUGGAGCGGUCGCAGCACCUGUGCUCGGCUGCUGCUGGCUGCGGGUGCAGACGUGGAAGGCCCACCAGGUGCCGGGAGCCGCUACUCGCCGCUGAUGUGUGCAGCGCGCUGGGGACACCUGGAGGUUGUGAAAGUACUCCUGGAAGCAUCUGCAGAUACCAAACGGCGGAACCGUUUUGGAGAGGACGCCAUGAUGCUGGCGAAGGGUCAAGGACACUGGGAGGUGUGGCGCUGGCUACAAACUGCUGGAGCAGAUGAACCCGUGGGUUCGCCUUCAAGUGGCCAACGGAAGGAAGAGGAAUGGCGCACUUCCACCAGUGCGCGACGGACCUUGGGUCAUGGUUGGAUUGCUUUGGGUACUGAUUUCUACCUCGACAAAGAAUCUUGCCUGAGGCUCAGGAAGAUGAAGUACAUAGGUAAUCCAUGGUAA